AUGUCUUCUCCAAAUGAUGUCAGUAUGGAAGAAAUAUUGCUGGAAGAUGAUGAGCGAGACAGCAUAGAAUAUAAGAUCCUGAUGGCCUACGCCCAACGGCGGUUGUCUGCCCGUGAAUAUAGGAAACUUCUGAAAAACGAGGCUAAUGUGCAGAAAUCAUCAUCCUCCAACAGGAGAAAAGUAAAUAUUGAUGACCAAAGAGAUAAAGAUGGUCCAAGCAACGAGUUUGUUUUGCAGUGUGGCAGGUUGCAAAACCAGGGCAAAACUGAACAAAAGCCAAAAUCCAUGACGGAAUAUUUUCUAAGUUUUUUCUACAACACAGCAGAGCAGGAAAAGCCCUCAAUAGUGCAAUCUGAGGGAGGUCGUGUGUCGCCUUUCGAUGUUUCUCAGGCACAAGGUGAUUUCAUUUUCCAAGGGCGUAUGCAAACAAGUAAAUCACUGAAUUAUUUCCUGGAAAGAAUAAUUGCUGUCUUUAUUUCCCACCCUCCUUCCCAAUCAGGUGAAACAGCAGAUGUCAACCACAUUGCAGACAAACUUGCCAGGCUUGUUACUUCUAGAUCCAAGGAACCUCCUUCAGAUGUGUCCCACAAGAUAAUGUUUCAAGGCCUGGCUCGGAAACAAGGCAGCAGGGAUUCUGCAUAUGGAAGCGAAGGCAAGAAACUUGAGGAAGAAGUGAUAAUACAAACGAUAGUUUCACUGUUAAAACAGUCAGGGGACCAGCUAGAAAAAAAGAUCAAAAAAGAUGGUGUUUUCAAUCAAUGCUUUAGAGACAUGCUGUCCUAUACCUUCUUCAAGAGGAUCACUGAUCUAUUCCUGGAGAAUGUCACAGCAGAUUCAACAAGUGAGCCAGGAGAGCAAGUGCAAUGCAUGAAAGUUGCCUUUACAAUGGAAGUUGCCACCAGACUUACCGCUGUGGACAACCAUCCUAUGAAUCUGGUCUUGGGCUUCGGAUUAAAGUACCUCAGAGAAAACUUCAAGCCAUGGAUUCAGAACCAGGGUGGCUGGGAGAAAGCUUUGACUUCACUGGAUCAGGAAGAAGUAGAGUAA